CAUAAUGAUCUUCGCCAGAGGCUCAGCAAUCUAUUUCCUUGCCUUGGAUGCAGAACUGGGAAGCGCAGAUGGAGUUCAACACAGAUAAAGAGGUUCAUUUCUGCAGGUCAAAUUUGAACAAAGAAUAUAAUAUUAAUGGCAGCCAUUUUGUGAAGUGUUUGAAAUCAGAGUUCCAGAGCAUGCGCAGUUUGCGGACACAGAUGCGAAGGGACCGAAACAAGGCAAGUGCUGCCUCGACAUGUCAUUCCGAGAGAUCACCUGUGGCACAGACGGAUUACUGGGCAGAUACAAUGUCCUCAAUUGUCCAUAGGUACCUGAGUGUGCAGAAAAUACUGUUCGUGUUGAUUGCCGUCAUUGGAGUUCCUGUGAAUUUAUUGGCGAUUGUGAUCCUGUCCCGGGGAAAGUGCGGCCUCUCCACCUGCACCACUCGCUACCUGGUGGCCAUGGCAGCGGCCGAUCUACUGUCCGUUUUUACCGAGAUCAUUUUUUUAAAAUCAGUUGGUAUUACCCUUCCGGUGGAGUUUUCUGGACAUCACCCCUGUGUGCAGAGUUAUCGCGUAUUGAGGUUCACAGCCACACAAUGUUCUGUCUGGUUCACCGUCACUUUCACUGUUGAUCGUUUUGUCGCCAUUUGCUGCCAGAAGCUGAAAACGAAAUAUUGCACCGGGAAAACUGCGGCUGUGGUUCUGACAACAACCGGCGUACUGACCUGUCUAAGAAACGUUCCCCGAUACUUCACACGGGAACCCAAGGUGAUCAUCGACAAUGCUGUAUGAUCAAGGACAAUGUUUUCACUGACCCCGGGUGGGUAGUAUAUGAUUGGCUCGAUACGGUUUUAACUCCGUUCCUCCCUUUCGUUAUGAUCCUGCUGCUCAACGCUCUGACAGUCAGACACAUUUUAGUGGGCAGUCGGGUCCGUAAGGGGCUGAAGGGUCAGAGCAAGGGGGAGAACCGCAGUGACCCGGAGAUGGAGAACAGGAGGAGGUCUGUGGUUUUACUCUUCACCCUCUCCGGCAGCUUCAUCCUCCUGUGGAUGACUCUGGUUGUAAAUUUCAUGUAUUAUUAUGUCUCAGGAAAAGGAUACAAUUUCAAUGACUCUGAAUGGAUCUUUACCUACGCCGGUGUUUUGCUGAGGAAUUUCAGCUGCUGCACGAACACAUUUAUUUACGCGGUAACUCAGUCAAAAUUUAGGGCACAGGUGAUCAGCGCGUUGAAAUAUCCGGUCACCUCGGUGCUUCAGUUCCUCAAUAAAGCGGCGUCCUGAUUACAAGCCGGAGGCGGCCGCAGUGUUUCCAGUCCGCGUCCAGCCCCUCACGUUCACCACCUGAUUUCCCAGAUGUUAUUCCCAGGCCGAUUAUCCCAUCGUCCGGCAGCUAUGGGAUAUCAGCAUAGUUUGUGUAUGGGGUGGGGCAAAGCACCCUCCGGGAGGGUCAGUAUCUCAUUGGAUCGGGAAGAUGUCAAUCGAAGAACUGCUCCGGAAGGUACAAACCCAUUGGUCAGUGGAUAUUUGGAUCUAUUUCCAUUCCCUUGGACCAUCCUCGCAGUCCGACGUUCCACCAUGUCGGCUGCGUAUAGUACGAUGCUAUAGGCUAUUCCAAUAUUAUCACAGCAGUCUCCGCAGUCCCUUGAACGAUUGGCUAACGUGAAGGAAUAGGGCGGGAUUUGGACAAACGACGGUCGACAUUCCCACUUCAAGGCGCUGAUGCCGCCACCAUCUGGACUGGAGUGUGGUGCGGAGAAUUGGGAAAUAAAACCCUGGCCGCUUCUAUUGUUUUUCCGUUCGAAACGUAAUUUACCCAGAGAUCGUACGGAAUGAAACACAAUAUUAUGAACUAAAUUAAAGUCACUCCCAUUACGUCAGAGAGCUUUUAAAUAAAGUCUAACAACCCCCGAGGA